CAUCAUCUCAACAUUGUUUGUCAGUUGCAAAUUCAAUAGAAAAACACCAAAGUGUUUCUUUUGCCAAAUGCACCUGCUGUUUCUCUGUUUGCCCAGCAGCCAAUGGUGAGAACUUCUGCAGAAUACAGAGAAGAUCUGUCUGCCAGGAUUGUACUAUACAUGGAUCCCAGAACUUGACUGCAGCCUGUGCUUUGUGUAGAAUAUCUGUGUUCUUUGCAAUACCAGUGGGCUAGAGCAGACUGUAAUUCUCUCUCUUACCUUAAGGAUGUGUUAGCUGACUGCAGCCUUCAGUUUCCAAAAAAGCUAUGAGGAAUACAGAGACUGGGCAUGCUGUCCUACAAUUCUGCAGCAGAACAAAAAAAAAUGGUAUAACCUGCUAAAAUAGGAGGAAGACUAUGGAUGCAGAUCUCAAUGGAUAAAUGCAUUCACUCUUCACACAGCUAAUACAAACUUUGUAAUGAAACAGGUUGGAAUACUAAAUGAUGCUGCAUUAUCUGCGAUGUGAAGAAGUAACUGGGGAAAAAACGAGACAUAAACAGGGAUUUUCUACUGCAUUGCUUGGAAUGGAUUGACUGAAUUGACUCUAUGGUAUUUGAGCCUGAGGCUAUGAUACAUGGAUGAAGAAUGCAGAAGUAAUGCUGGAGAAGAUGGAGAGAUUUGGAUCUGCUGUAUUACUCUUCAAUGCUCUGUUCAAUAUGAUGGACAUAUCUUAUGGAGCUGAGAAAACUUUCCCAGUUCUGAACAUUGCAGUCAUUUUGGGAAGGACUAGUUAUAUCAACGAGAGGGAUGUACGAGCUCUAUGGACAAGAAAUAUGUCUUCAGUCUUUGAUGUCAACGUGGUGACCUUGCUAGUGAAUCAGACUGAUCCUAAGAGUAUUAUAAAUGGUGUGUGUGACCUGAUGUCAGGGACAAAGAUUCAUGGUGUUGUGUUUGGAGAUGACACUGAUCAAGAGGCAAUAGCUCAAAUGCUGGAUUUUGUUUCAUCUCAGACUUUCACCCCAAUCCUUGGUAUUCAUGGUGGAUCCUCAAUGAUUAUGGCAGAAAAGGAUGAAAUGUCCACUUUCUUCCAGUUUGGAGCUUCCAUUAAACAGCAAGCAAUUGUCAUGCUUAAUAUCAUGGAAGAAUAUGACUGGCACAUCUUCUCUAUAAUAACAAGUACAUUUCCGGGAUUUCGAGACUUUAUAAGUUUCAUAAAAACCACUGUAGAAAAUAGUUUUGUUGGCUGGGAGGUACAGAAUAUCAUUACUCUGGAUACAUUGUAUGCUGAUGCAAAAACGCUAACUCAACUGAAGAAAAUUCAUUCUUCUGUAAUACUCCUUUAUUGUUCCAAGGAUGAAGCGGCCUACAUUUUUGAGGAAGCGCGGUCCCUUGGCCUUAUGGGAUAUGGUUACAUCUGGAUUGUUCCUGGUGUGGUAACGGGUAACACGGACAUAAUUCCAUAUGAAUUCCCAUCUGGGUUAAUUUCUGUUUCUUAUGACAACUGGGAUUACGGACUUGAAGCAAGAGUGAGGGAUGGCCUUGGAAUUAUAACCACAGCUGCAUCAGCGAUUUUGAAAAAGUAUUCAGUGAUUCCAGAACCUAAGACAAGCUGCUAUGGUCAAAAUGAAAGAAAUGAACCACCGUCUCACACGUUUCGCAACUUUAUGACAAAUUUGACUUGGGAUGGCAAAGAUUUGUCCUUUACAGAAGACGGUUAUCAAGCAAUUCCAAAAUUGGUUGUUAUACUGCUGAACACUGAAAGAGAGUGGGAAAAGGUGGGGAAAUGGGAAAAUAGGAGCCUAAACAUGAAGUAUCCCGUGUGGCCAAGGAUUACAGCUGACAGCGACCCUGACGACAACCAUCUAAGCAUUGUCACGUUAGAGGAAGCACCUUUUGUCAUUGUUGAAAAUGUGGACUAUUUAACUGGAACCUGUGUACGAAACACGGUGCCAUGCCGAAAGCAUACGAGGUUAAAUAAUUCAACAACCGAAGGGACUUACGUGAAAAAAUGUUGCAAAGGAUUUUGCAUAGACAUCUUGAAGAAGCUUUCAAAGACUGUGAAAUUUACUUACGACCUUUACCUUGUAACAAAUGGAAAACAUGGCAAAAAAAUUAAUAAAGUGUGGAAUGGAAUGAUUGGUGAAGUGGUUUAUAAACGAGCAGCUAUGGCAGUGGGCUCACUCACUAUUAAUGAAGAGCGUUCCGAGGUUGUGGAUUUUUCAGUUCCAUUUGUUGAAACAGGAAUUAGUGUUAUGGUAUCGCGUAGCAAUGGCACCGUUUCUCCAUCAGCUUUUUUAGAACCAUUUAGUGCUUCUGUCUGGGUGAUGAUGUUUGUGAUGCUUCUUAUUGUGUCUGCAGUGGCUGUUUUUAUAUUUGAGUACUUUAGUCCUGUAGGAUAUAACAGGAAUUUAGCAAAAGGGAAAGACCCACAUGGACCAUCUUUUACUAUUGGAAAAGCUGUCUGGCUGCUUUGGGGUUUGGUCUUCAAUAAUUCAGUGCCUGUGCAAAAUCCAAAAGGUACAACCAGCAAAAUCAUUGUGUCCAUCUGGGCUUUCUUUGCUGUGAUCUUUUUGGCAAGUUACACUGCCAAUUUGGCUGCAUUUAUGAUCCAGGAGGAGUUUGUAGAUCAGGUGACUGGACUUAGUGACAAAAAGUUUCAAAGGCCACAUGAUUAUUCUCCUCCAUUUCGCUUUGGUACCGUCCCAAAUGGAAGCACCGAGAGGAAUAUCAGAAACAACUAUCCAGAUAUGCACCAGUACAUGGUGAAAUUUAAUCAAAAAGGAGUGCAAGAUGCAUUAGUCACUUUAAAAACUGGAAAAUUAGAUGCAUUCAUCUAUGAUGCAGCAGUGCUGAACUAUAUGGCUGGACGAGAUGAGGGCUGCAAGCUUGUGACCAUUGGUAGCGGGUAUAUUUUUGCUACCACUGGCUAUGGCAUUGCACUCCAGAAAGGCUCCCCAUGGAAAAGACCUAUUGAUUUAGCUCUUCUGCAGUUUGUUGGAGAUGGUGAAAUGGAGGAACUGGAAACCUUAUGGUUGACUGGAAUCUGCCACAAUGAGAAAAAUGAAGUUAUGAGCAGCCAGCUGGAUAUUGAUAAUAUGGCAGGCGUAUUCUAUAUGCUUGCUGCCGCCAUGGGUUUGAGUCUUAUUACUUUUGUGUGGGAGCAUUUGUUUUACUGGAAACUACGUUACUGUUUUACUGGAGUUUGUACUGGGAAGCCAGGAUUACUCUUCUCAAUAAGCAGAGGUAUUUACAGCUGCAUCCAUGGUGUUCACAUAGAAGAGAAAAAAAAAUCACCAGAUUUCAGUUUCACUGCUUCUCAGGCAAACAUGCUAAAACUCUUGAAAUCUUCCAAAAAUAUUGCAAAUUUAUCCAAUUUAAAUCCUUCACAAUGUAAUUCCCCCCAAAGGACAACUGACUAUUUUAAAAGGAGCUCGCUAUUAAUGGAUAUGGUCCUUGAUAAAGGCAAUUUAAUUUACUCAGAGAACAGACAUUUUAAGCAUAAAGAUGUGUAUGCUGAUAAUACACAUGAGUUUGCAGUGCUAGCUGGUAGCCGACACAAAGACAACCUUAAUAACUACGUGUUUCAGGGUCAGCACCCUCUUACUCUAAAUGAAUCCAACCCAAACACUGUUGAAGUGGCUGUCAGUGCCGAACCAAAGGUAAAUUCUAGGCCCAGGCAGCUGUGGAAGAAGUCAGUGGAAACUUUGCGACAGAACCAUGUUUCAGAAGACGAAAAGGAUCCAGAAGUCAAGUCAGUCCGAAAAACCAACUCCUUUCUUCCAGAGGACGGCCAUUUUUCGGAUGUUUCAGAGUCAUCAAGUAGAGCCACUUACCCUGUAGAUCCUGAAAACAAUAACAAACAUCACAAAAGCAAGGACAACUUAAAGAAACGAUCCACUAUACCCAAAUAUUCCAGUGAUUGCAGUGAGGUUGAGCUCGCAUAUUUGAAAACCAAACAAACUUCAAUCCGUGACAAAAUUUACACGAUUGAAGGAGACAAGGAAUCCAACUUCCCAAUGGAGCAGCCCAAAUAUGCAGACACUUCACCUGCCCAAGAAGAUGGAGAUUAUCAUGAAGUGUACCAAGAUCACAAUGACAACUAUAGAAAGGCAGAACCAUUUCAGCAUGUUACUAGGACUCCUUUGCACAACGAAGACAGUCUUCCAAAUAACGACAAACAAUACAAAGUAUUUUCUAAGCAUUAUAAUUUAAAAGAUGAGAACACGUCAAUGUCCGAAGUCAAUGACAGACAUAGGCAAAACUCCACGCACUGCAGAAGCUGUCUCUCUAAUGUUCCCAGUUUCACUGGUCAUCACUCGGCCAGAUCACCCUAUAAGUGUGAGGAUUGCGUACACAUAGGAAAUCUUUAUGAUAUUGAUGAAAAUCAAAUGUUCCACGAGACAACCAACUCUAUGCAUGCGGGGGAUGUUUGUGAGCACAACUGGAAUGAUAAUAAUGUUCUACACUUUCAGAAAAAAAAUAAGCUGCAAAUCAAUAGGCAGCGUUCCUGCGAGAACACCAGUAAGCCCAAGGAAUUAGAAACCAGACGGCCAUCACGCAGUACAAGCUUGAAAACAAGGGAAAGAUACGUUCAAGAAAGUCAUUUUGCUAAUAACUCAAUUGCUCCGCAUGAAAAACGACCGGGGAACAAGGCUUCACUUUUUACCCACUCCUUAAAGGACAAUAUCCAAAACAAGUCCCCUUAUCCUGAUCAUUCAUAUCAAAACAGUUUGCAGCAUUCUUAUCAGGAUAAUCAAAAACUGAGCCUGGGAAGGAACUCUGCAGAAAUUUACAAACAGUCCUCCUUAACGAAUGCUAGAAAUGACAACUAUUUAAGGUCAUCUAUUAAAUCUGGAACUUCGUGUUCUUCAAGGGACGGAAGGGUACUAAGCGAUAUGGGUGUUUCAGAGUACGUUCUGCCUUAUGCUACAAGCAAAAAUAGUGUGUACUUGGCUGCACGGGCCAUGAAUUCCUGCAGCAAUAGACGGAUAAUUAAGAAAAUGCCUAGUAUUGAAUCAGACGUUUAAAAUGUUUAUUAUACGUGCCACAUUUUAUCAUUCAAAUAUUUUGUAGAUGCUAACGUUUCAGAGACGAUACAAAGAAUGAAUGACAAUGCUUUUCCAAAUGCCACGUGCUUUUUCUUUCCAUAUAUUCUAAUGAAAAUGGCAACUUGGUUCACUAGCAUGGCCAUGGAAUUGUUAAAGAAAAAAAAAAGCAGAACUCACUUAAAAAAUACAAUCACGGUUGGCAU